UCUGUCUCUACGUAUUGUUCUAAGUUAACAUGCUUACUUAUCGAGACGUGUUCAAUAUAGAUGAUGGAGACACAAUCCCUCCUUCUGAUCCUACAAGUGAGAAUUUUUACAAUUUAAUAAAAUCGGAACAAUUCAAUGUGAAGAGUACUAGCGAUGACUUAUCGUAUAAAUCAAACAUAUCACCAGAAGAAAAACAAGUGAUUGAUGUUGAACCGAUGAAUAUAGAUUCCCAGCAGCUAGUAGUACAAAAUAAAAGAUCUACAGUGGAUAAUAAACAGCAAGUUGUCUCGCAACCACAGUGGAAGCUUUCAAAAGUCAUUGCCAAUGCCCAUGAAGGUUGGGUUCGUUCUUGUACCAUGGACCCAGUGUCCAAUAGAUGGUAUGUCACGGGUGGUUCAGAUGCAACCAUUAAGGUAUGGGAUCUAGCCACUCUGCAGAUCAAGGCUACUCUUACCGGUCAUAUAAUGGGAGUACGAUCUCUAAAAGUGUCCCUGAAAUUUCCAUAUUUAUUCUCUGGAUCUGAAGAUAAGACAGUCCGUUGUUGGGAUUUAGAGAGAACUAAUUCCAAAGCUGGAUGUCAGAUCAGAGAUUACCAUGGGCAUGUUGGUGGUAUUUAUGCCAUGGACUUACAUCCCGAACUCGAUAUAUUAUGCACUGGUGGUCGUGAUUCUGUCAUUAGAGUGUGGGACAUUCGAUCUAGAACAGAAAUCAUGUUAUUGAGUGGACAUAGGGCUGAUAUAACGAGUAUUUCAUGUAGUGCAUCCGACCCACAAAUUGUAUCAAGUUCAAUGGAUUCAACUAUUAGGUUGUGGGAUAUUAGAAAGGCAACCACUCAACUUGCCAUUACACAUCAUUCAAAGAGUAUUAGACUGAUGGUGUCACAUCCAAAUGAAAUGACUAUGUGUUCUGCCGAUUCUGCUGGACAAUUCAAACAAUGGGUUUUACCACGAGGUGAUUUAUUGAAUGAAUUUGCCACCACAAAUGAUGAUAGUAAAAUUGUAAAUUCCUUAGCAAUUAAUCCAUCAAAUGAUACACUCUUUGCCGGUUAUGACGAUGGAAGAAUGGAGUUUUAUGAUUAUAAAUCAGGAAAUCUUGUUCAAUCAACCACGUCAAAGCCAGUACCAGGAACCCCAGAAACUACGAUCUAUGCCUCUACUUUCGAUAAACUGGGAUCAAGACUUAUCACCUGUGAAGGUGACAAGAGUAUAAAAAUAUGGGUAGAAGAGGGAUAGAAUUUUGGGAAGAAAGGAGAAAACAAAUACAAUACUUACAAAGAUAGAUUGUCCAUGUGUCUCAUUAUAUUACAAAGUGUAAGUGACAUCACUCCACACUA